CGAGUUCUGAACAAAGGAUAGGUUGUGCAAAGGCCGCCACAGAAAGGCCGCCACAGCGGUGAUAUCAGCGACCUUACAGGCGGGUGCGGCUCUGAGCUGCCGGGCACUCAUCGCCACGAUGGAUGGAACUUACGGCAACAUCUUCCCCGCCAGCCGGGCCAUGUCUCCGGCCGCACCGGCACAAACAUCGACUAGCAACCUAUACAAGGUGAAUGUAAACCGCCAGAAGACGAAGAAAUGGGCCAACUUCAAACCGCAGAACUAUGACGGCGACGAUUGGGGCGACGAUUAUGACGAUCCGGUUCAGGAAGCAGACUUUCCGAUGCCACCGAAGCCCCUGGGGCCACGCAGCCCGGCGACGACGGCGCCUGUUCAGCCGUCGGUGUCCAGUGCGCUUCCACGGGGUUCAGCCGAGCCGUUCGGAUCCUCACCACAGCAGCAUGGCUCCGGACUUGGUCGCCCACGGUUUCCGUCUGAUAAGAGCACCAUCGGCGCGAAUGACGUGGCGGGCGGUUACGGAGCGGCACUAGAGUCCGGCGCUGGCUCUAAGCCGUGGAUGGGUUCACGGUCGGUAUCUCCAUCGAGCCCAGGGCAACUCUCAUCGCGUGACAAACCCCUCCCGCUCAUCCACCCACAGCAAAUGCAGGAAGAGAAGGAGGGAGAACGUCAAUCGCUCGAGACUAGGGACAACACGAAGAACGACGAAGGAGAACCCCCCGGGGUUUCGAGUCCAACUGCCGAAAAGCAGAGCGGGUAUAGGUCUGAUGGGAUGCUGGCCAGCUCUGGGAAGGACAGGCUUAAUCCUGAGUCUUCCAGGGCAGAGCACGAGAAAUCUCAAGAGUCUGUCCUGCCUGAUUCCCCCCAGAAUAUCCGACGUUUCUCGACAAGCCCUCAGUUGCCGGAUUUGAGUCGCAUGUCGGGCUUUGGCGAGGAUCUCUUUUCUUCUGCUUUCUUCCCUUCUUCAGGACUACGCUCAUCUCUUUCCGACAGCAUGCCACUGCCGACCUCGGGCAACUGCAUACCCGAGUCCGAUGAGGCUACUGCGACUGCGGCAGGAGCCUCAAACCAAUCGAUCACUGCCCCCGCUCGUGAACGCGUGGUCUCGAGCACAGAAACAACUACUGCUGCGGGGGCCGAAGCAGCGCCGUCGCCGCCCAGCGAUCGCGACCAGGACCAGGGUCGACCGGCUGGCCUGCCGUCGCCCCGAGGUGCAGCAGAGUCUGUUCAUGACGUGCCUGAGCAGCAGGCGCCCGCCGCAGACGCAGCUCGGCAACCUGCAGCAUCCGCCGAAGAACAGCCAACUACCUUGACAGCCAGGCCGCAUCUUCCGGGUGGCUGGGUUUCCGAGACGCCCUCGACACCCGCUGGAGUAGUCUCGCCUUCCACGACUGGCUAUUCCACGAACACGCUGGAGAAGGCGACUGAAGAUAGCUCGCGACCUGAUGCUGUUCCUCUGGGUGUUCCCAGGUCCCAACCCCGAGAGUUGGAACAAGACGAGAAGGGUGACGGCUCUGUCCCUUCGCGUCAGACCUCGCCGCAAACAUCUUCACAGCCUCCAGCACCGGCCCCGGUUUUGAAUACUGAGAAGCUUAGCAUGGGCUCUGCACAGGCUUCGCCCGUAGCUACGGGUCAUUGUGACGCAUCGCCGGCCUCCGAGACCGAAGAUCCGAAGUUGUUCGGCAACUCAACGUCAGCUGAGGCGAAGACCAAGCACACUGAGAUCGCUCCCACAGCACCGCUCAAUGCUCGUCGAGGGACACCGGACAUUAACGCUAAUCCAGCGCCGGUCCUGUCCCCGCCGUCCCCCGCAGAGCCCGUAUUGGAUUCGGCUACGCAAUCGCCGGUCAAGGACAGCGACAUACUGAGCGAGGAAAUCCUCAGGUCGCUCAGUCCCGCUCAACCAGCCAGUUCCCCCCAAACAUCUACCGCUGCUUAUCAAGCCGCUGCUGCAGAACCGGUACGCGAAAGCAGUUAUCUCGGGGAUGUUUAUGGCGAUUACUGGUCAGCAACCGAAGAAAAGGCAGAGCCAGGUCUGCUGCAGGUUGGCAAGACCAUUGACGCGGGCAAGGCAGCGCAAGAGGCCGCCCCUCUUCCGACUAAGACCCCAGAAGACGGCGGCGCCGCAGAACCAGCGGAUGCUGUUGGCUUAGGCGGUCUGUCUUCUCAGGCUCACGCUGCCCCGGCCAAAGCUUCCGAUGUUGUCGAGCCCAAGAGCGCAUUUGGUGUCGUAGGACUACAGAGACGAUUCUCGUGGGAAGCUCCGGUGCAAGAGUCGCCUACAGCCAGCGCCUCGAGUGCAGCAGCAGAGCUUCCGGUUGAACAGAAAUCUCUUGGUUUUGGCGUCGAUACAACUCGUGCCUUGACAACGGAGAACAUCAGUCUGGAAACAGGGGAGUCGCAGCCAUCGCAGGCCCAGGAAGAAGCUGGGAAGUCAGCGGAAGACUUGAGAGCCGAGUUUGCUCCCGAGUUCAACCCAGCAGCUACCCUUGGAGCCAACCUAGGACUAGAUCGGCCGAGCCAAUCGCCUUCGCCAGCGUCCGACUCGACGAGCAAGCACGGCGAACAGAAGCGGUUGUCGCUGGCGGAAGAGAAGAUUCUCUUGGAGGAGGCAUCGAGUCCCUCUUCCCGAUCUCCGCCGCUGGAGCAGCAUCCGGCCUUUGCGAAUAGCCAACAAGCACCGCGGGCCGAGCUCCCGGAGGCUGCUUCACCAAAAAGCAUCCUAGGGUUCCGAAACAUCAUGGAACUUCCUUCGGCCGCGGAGCGUAUCAAACAUUACAAUGAGAGCCGGUGGCAUUUCUCGGCCGUCGAUACGGGCUUGGACGAGUGGCUGCAAGCAAUGAUCCUGAAACAUCCAGAGCAUGCCAAUGAUGUGUCGUCCAACGCGGGAGCAGCAGCGGUUGUCCAGCAAAGCAGCCAGGGCGGGAGGGGGCCGACGCUGCACAUGUCCAACCUUCAACACAGUCUGAGCGGACUGGGGCACUCGGGCAACCAGGUGGGCACGAAGAGCAAGGAGCUGUUGAUGGCGGCGGGCAAGGCCAGCAAAGGGCUAUUCAGCAAGGGGCGUAAUAAGCUUCGGGGGACGGGCGACAAGGUGUUUUCCAGUUGAUGAUUGGAGUAAGAGUAAGCAUUUCUUCUCUUCCCCUUUUCUUUAAUUCCGUCUUUCUGUUUCUUUUUUUCUUUUUUCUUUUUUUUCGCAUACAUCUGGAAGGAUAGCAUCUCGAGUAACCAGGAAUUGGGUGUUGUUGGCUCCGCAAUCUACCUCGGGAGUAUGUAUGUAUGUCCUGUACAUACUAAUAUGCACAAUGGAGCUUUUUAGUGCAUCGUGGUAAAUCGAAAAGGGAGCUGGCCGUGGCCUUCUCUCUCCCGCAGCGCGAUCUGCAA